CCUUUUUGAAUCGUUCCUUCCUUUCAAACUCAUGGUGUGUAACGUGGACAACAUUACUAGCUCACAUUUCUGCUGUCUGGAUUCUUAUAAGCCCGAAAACAGCUAUGAACGUUCAGCCUUCAAACCCCAAUAACCCGAUCGUGUUUUUCGACGUCACCGUCGGAGGGCAAGAAGUGGGCCGAAUGAAGAUUGAGCUUUUUGCUGACAUUGUUCCGAAGACUGCGGAAAACUUUCGGCAGUUUUGUACUGGAGAAUUCAAGAAGGACGGUGUUCCUGUUGGCUAUAAAGGCUGCACAUUUCAUAGAGUGAUAAAGGACUUCAUGAUCCAGGGUGGUGAUUUUGUCAAUGGUGAUGGCACUGGCAUCUGCAGCAUCUACAGGGGACCAUUUGCAGAUGAGAACUUCCGAAUGAAACACUCCGGCCCAGGACUCUUGUCAAUGGCCAACAGUGGGCCAGGAACUAAUGGCUGUCAGUUUUUCAUUACCUGUACAAAGUGUGACUGGUUGGAUGGGAAGCAUGUGGUAUUUGGAAAAGUGGUGGAUGGUUUGCUUGCCAUGAGAAAAGUUGAGAACGUACCAACAGGACCCAACAACAAGCCCAAGCUGCCCAUCGUUGUCUCCCAGUGUGGAGAAAUGUGAUUUACCCCUUUAAAUUUAAACAACAGAAAAGGCAUCUGACCAACAUCAUUAAUUGGUUUUACAUUGCAUUUUGUAAAUGGCAACAUAAUCGCAGUUUGUUACUGUUUCAAAGCUGAUUUCAUGUCAAUGUCAUCACUUUCCUCUGGUGAUAUUUGCAAAUGUCUCUGAAUUCAACAACAAAUACAAAUGUAAAAACCCUUUUUUUGACAUUUCUAAGUACAAGGCUUUUGUUUUUGAUCUCCCUUUUGAAAUGGCUUUACUAAGACUGUUGACUCUGUUUUCUUAAAUAAAUUCUGACCUGUGUUUUUUUAAAGCUUUAAAACUUUCUUUAUUCCACCUCCUUAAAGCUCAAGACAGAAUUGAUAUCACUUAUAAAUUAAUUAAAUCAUCAAACUUCUUUGUGUUUAUGAUACAAAACCAAUACCUUAAAUGGCACCCAACUUGACGCAAAUUCCCUGAGUGUACUUCCUUUGUUUUCUUAUAGCUACUUGCCUUAAUCCACAUCCUAAACCCAGAAACCCCUUCCCCCAUCUCUUGGACUGUGUCCCACAGACACAAAAGGGCUCUUUCAGCCGAAGUGCAGGAAGAGUUUUGGGCUCGGUGGGAGGCUUGUGGGGUCAAUGUUAAAACCCGUCUUUAUGUGGGACAACAGGGUGGAUCAUUCACAAUAAAACCACACUUCAACCAGGUCUUCUCAACAGUGUCAGAAACAUAUUUGCAUGACAAUGGGGAAGGGGGUAGUUUGGGCCGGUCUCGUAACUAGCCAUGGUCUGUCUCAGUUACGGUCACUGAGUGCUUCCUUU